AGUUAGCAGUGAUGUAUAGUUAAAUUUCUUUUGUUCUUCAUAGGAUGCUCUCUGCAUAUGUUUUUUGUGUCAACAGAAUUAUACUGAGUUAAAAAAAUGCUGGCUGUUGGGUUAUGGAGUGUGGUUAUGGCUUGAUUGAUAAUCCCAAAGAGAAGGGUAUUUUUUCUACCAUUAAAUUGGUCAUGUGCACUUAAGGUGACAUUCUCUGUUAGAGGGUGUUUCUGUAGUAGUGUGUUUUUUGCACCAUAUAUAAACACUAGGGCUGAUUUGCACACAUUUAAUUUCUAAGAAUUAAUUCGUCCAUGACUCUACUGAUACGAAACCAAGAAAAUAAAUAGUUAUUAAGAUAAACACUAGCAGCAAAUCAACAAAUAACUUCCUCUUCUGUAUUGAUUCAAACACAAGGUCAAGGUGUCUGGUGGGAUAUAAUCAAAAUCUCACAUAUAUUGUUAGAAUAAGAAGAGGAACAUGGGUUUAUAAACACAUGAACGGUUCUACUGAUAAGAGGGUUUUUCGGACAAUAUCGUGCUAAUAACCAUUAUUUUUUGUUUGAGAGAAUUGUUGGGACUUGGGAUACAAUUAACGUCUCCUGUGCACAACAUUGACCUUUCAAAGAAGAACAUAACCUGCAAUGCUGUCUUUUCUGUUUCUAAUCCCUAAUACUCUAUCUUUUUUCUCCCUAUUUCCUAUUUGUAUCCCAUAUUUUAUUAUCUUUUUUCUCCCUAAUUCCUAUUUAUAUCCCAUAUUUUAUUAUCUUGCCGCUUUUACAGUUGUAGCCUAAUGAACCCUACUAAUUCUCCUAAUUAUUAAAAUAAUAGUUGUUCUUGAAACGCCUCUAGCUAUAUUUACCAGUAGGGCAGCACAGCAGGACUACUUCCGGCUACCUCUUCAAAACCUUUCGAUGUGAAUGCUAGUCAUUGCUAACACAAUCAUUAAGAGAAUUGCAGAAAGUCAAAGAGACAUAUCGGAGGCAAAAGCCUUGGUGGAGGAAGCAGAAAGCUCUCUGCUGGUAAAUGUGGGAGGUCCUGAAUAUGGCGAUACAUCCAUGGGGAUGAAAAGUGUAGAAAUUGAUCGAGAUGAAGAGAGACGGGAGUCAGUAAAAGCAGCAUCAAUUUCUGCCCUUGUUGGUACCUUAACAGGGCUUCCCAUAUGCUUCACUCAGGUCACCAACACAACUCAGCUGCUUCUCCCUUUAGCGAUCAACUUUAUUUGUUGUGCAUUGUUUGGAGUGACUUUUCGAUACACUAUAAGGAGAAACUUAGAUGAUGUUCAGCUUAAGACAGGGGUAGCUGCAGCGUUUGGUGUUGUUAAAGGUCUCGCAACCCUUGGUGCUGGUCCACUUCCUGACCCGAACUUUGAAAGCUUCUUAUCACAUGCACAGGAUGGGACAAUUUAUGUGUCUGAGAAUCUUUUAAUUUUUAUAUCUGCUGCAGUUGCUCUAGAUUACUGUUUAAAGGCGAGGCUUUUGAGGCCUUUUCCAAUUGACUGAUCAUAGCUUAAAUACGAAUUAAUUUUAACAAUUAUCACAGCUUAAAUGGACAAUGAUCAAUGUGUUGCUAUUGUUUCAAUUUACCCAUAGUCCAUCAAUUAUUCAAUUCUAUCCAAAAAUUCAGUGAUAGUCUGUACUAAAAUGUCUUCCACUUAGAUGCGAAUAUUUUAUCGUUUGUGUUGUUAA